ACGCAAUUAGGUUGUCUCUUUGAACCUAGAUCUUGGAAUCUCCAGUCAACUAGGUUGGGUUUUCCAUUAUGGUAACUCUCGCUAAAGGCCUUAACCCCAUCCCUUUUGACCACUUUUCUACUAACUUUUGAUUUAACCCUUUGUUUAACGGAUCUACAAUGUUGUCUUUAGACUUUACAUAGUCUAUAGAGACAACUUCAUUAGAGAGUAGUUGACGUAUGAAAUUAUGUUUACGACGGAUAUAUCUAGACUUUUCAUUAUACAUAUUACUCUGUAUCCGUCCAAUCACCGAUGGGCUAUUACAAUGAAUACAGAUAGCGAGCACAGAUUUCAGCCAACGUGGAAUAUCUUCAAUGAAUUGGCACAUCCAUUCAGCUUUUUUUGUUGUUUUAUCCAAAGUAAUAAAUUCAGAUUUCAUCGUUGAUCUUGAUAAACACGUCUGCUUGGAAGAUUUCCAAGACACAGCUGGCUCUCCAAAGGGUACUAGAUUGCUUCUUAAGUAAAUGGCGUUGCCGUUGAGUGGUGGAAAAGAUUUUGUUUCGAUGAAUAUUUAUAAAAUGCUUGAACGUUUCUCCCAUCCACCAACGGAGUUUUGUAUAUUUAGAUUACAUGAAGAACUACGUCAGUUAAACGACAAGGCCUAUGACCCAGAGAUUAUUUCAAUAGGUCCUUACCACCUUGGUAAGCAAAACCUACAGAUGAUGGAGCGGCACAAGUUAUGCUAUUUUCAUUCACUUCUUCAAAAAAAAAAUCAGAGACCAGAAGAAUAUGUCGAUGCUAUUAGAUCACUAGAACAAGAUGCAGCACGUCAAUUUUAUGCUGAACCUAUAAGCCUUGAUUCAGAUGAAAUGAUCACAAUGAUGGUACUGGACGGUUGCUUUAUCAUUGAAUUGUUGCGGAAGUUUGAUAUGGAAUUCUUGAGAGAUCAGAAUGAUCCUAUUUUUAAAAGGGACUGGAUUUUUAAAAGGUUGCAGCGCGAUUUAAUGUUAUUUGAAAACCAAAUUCCGUUCUUUAUACUGUGCAAGUUAUUUGAUAUGAUCGAGGCACCAGGCAACCAUAAGAGGCUCAUUUAUUUGGCCUUGAGAUUUUUUAGUGAUCUUUUACCAGGUACCGGUAAAAGGGGUAAAAGGGAAGAUGGAAAGGAGCCACACAGUAAGAUCUGUCAUUUACUCGGGUUGAUACACCGUAACUGGCGCCCAUCAUUUGCAGGGUUGGAGCCUGUUGAAGAUGCCUCAAAUAAAGAAGGAAAAGGGAACUGGCGAUUUAUUCCUAAUACAAGAGAGCUCCAAGAAGCUGGAGUUAAGAUAGAGAAGUUUGAGGUUACAGGAGGUAGCUUGUUUGAUAUCAAGUUCAAAAGUGGGGUAAUGCAGAUUCCACCUGUAACCAUUGAAGGCAGGACAGAGUCAUUCUUCAGAAACCUCAUUGCAUACGAGCAAUAUAGUCCUGAUAACCAACUCAGUUAUGUCACUGAUUAUGUGAAAUUUUUAGAUUGCCUCAUUGACUGUGCAAAGGAUGUCAAAAUACUUUCUCGUUGUGGUAUCAUCGAUAAUUGGUUAGGUGAUGAUGAAGCGGUUUCCAACUUACUUAACAAGAUUAGUGACACGGUCUCGGGGACAAGCACGCAUUUCCAGUAUGCUGAUAUCUUCAACAGGGUGAACAUCCAUUGCAACCAGCCCUGGAAUCUGUACAGGGCAACUCUGAAACGGAAUUAUUUUAAUAACCCGUGGGCAAUGAUUGCAAUUAUGGCUGCUUUGGUAUUACUUCUACUCAUUUUGACACAAACUGGAUUUACGGUUUUUGGUUGGAAAUUGUAAUUGUCGGAGCGACAAAAUAGAUGGUCACAACUUAUUGGUGAGAGUAUCAGUGUGCUCUUCUUUAUUGUCUUUAAACUCUCCGUUUGUAAUUACUUCGACAAUAUUCAUACAUAUAUGUAUAUGUGUAUGUUUGCUUUGGAUAUUGAUUUGCUCUUCAGUGAAUUGUUCUCUUCUCCUCU